AGCCGCUAGAGAGGAAGACUCUCCACACCAUUCACUCUCUUGAAGGUUUAAACUCAUCCUUAAUACAAAUCAUUAGCCAAAAGAAUGGAGCAAACUUUCAUCAUGAUCAAGCCUGAUGGCGUUCAGAGGGGCCUGGUUGGUGAGAUUAUCAGCAGGUUUGAGAAGAAGGGUUUCUAUUUGAAAGGCUUGAAGUUGAUCACGGUGGACCGGUCUUUUGCUGAGAAGCACUAUGCAGACUUGUCUGCAAAGCCCUUUUUCAGUGGUUUGGUUGAUUAUAUUAUUUCCGGACCUGUUGUUGCUAUGAUCUGGGAGGGUAAGAAUGUUGUCUUAACUGGCCGAAAGAUCAUUGGAGCCACAAACCCUGCUGAGUCUGCCCCUGGAACUAUCCGUGGUGAUUUUGCUAUUGAUAUUGGCAGGAACAUCAUUCAUGGAAGUGAUGCAGUUGAGAGUGCAAGGAAAGAGAUUGCACUGUGGUUCUCCGAAGGCCCUACUCACUGGCAGAGCAGUGUUAGCCCCUGGAUCUAUGAGUAGUAAAAUUGGCCGUCUCUAGAUGCCGCUGAUGAUAAUCUAUUUUCCAUUCCUCCGUGGUUCACUAUGUUAGUUUUGGUUUCUAUUUAAGUAUCGGUGUUGCCUAGUAAGGCUGAGACGUUAAGCUUGUUCUACUGCUUCUGGUUGAGUGUGUACUAUCUUCCCAUCUAAAUGCUUUGUUAUGAAGUUUGAUCUAGUGUGGUUUAAGCGUUGGUAAUUUGCUACCACAUGGUGAACAUUGGAAUCAAGUUAGAAUGGCAAAAUUAAAAAAGACUCGUCGUUUAUCUGUC